AUGGAAUCUGAAACGAAUUCGUCAAAUUGUGCUGAGGAAGAAUCCUCUAGUAACUUGAAAGCGGGCAAUAAUUGCGUCGCAAGGCGUGGACGCAAACGACAAUUUUCCGGUUAUUGUGCUUGUGCCAAUAUGGCAGAUGAUGCUUUAAGUUCAACCUUUUCUCUAGAAAUUUUUUCAACCUCAACUAAUGAUGUGUCAACUAAAAGUCUACUAGUUUCAGACAGUCCCACUCAACCCUCCACUAAUCUCUUCACUGAAUCUUUGUUAUCUCAUUCUCCGGUGAAAACUUCUAGCAACACCACUCUUUCAGAAAAAUUUUCAAAAUUUUUAAAAGGUGCCAAGGCAGUUCUGAAUGCAAACAUCUACUCCCAUGACAACAACAACACUAUAAACAGUCAACACAAGCACAGAAGUACUGCCAGCUGUCCUAUUAUGUUAUCAUCUGAUGAGGAUGAUGAUGCUCCUGUCGAUGAAAAUGCUGAUAAAGAUAAUAAUGCUAAUAAUGAUGAAGCAGAUUCCGAAGAUUGCAUUAUAAUUGGUUACAUCAAGCAUAAAAAUUCUAAAAGUUCAAAUCAUGAUCAACAAUCAAAACUUAAAGGGAUUACAAAGCCUGCUGAAAAUACCUUACUUCCAGUCAAGAAAUCAGUUCCUGAAAAAUAUUUCAUGGAUGGCUUUAUUUCAGCCCAGAAAGAAUGCCUUAAUCGAACCUCAGACCAAAAUAACUCAUCGUUAAUCGUAUUACAAGGACAGCAGCAACAGCAGUCAUCAUUUCUUGGAAGUCAACCGUUUUUAUCAACAUCAACAGUGAAUCAGAUUGUCAUUGGACGUAUUCCUGAGAGCUUCAUCAGUAACACCACCAUCUACAUCGGCACAGCAGUAGCUCAUCUUGUUGACUAUGGAUUUUCUGCUUUAAAACAUUCUACUCCUACUACUAAUGAUAUGAAUAUUGGCACAAUCCUUACUACUGCAGCUGAUAACCCUGUCAAUACUUCUACUACUUAUAAUGUUCCAACCACUGCCAACACUGUUUUUAUUACAAAUACUAUUAGUAGUAGUUAUGAUGGUGAUAAAGAUGAGGAUAAUGAUAAUAAUAUUAAUUAUAAUUUUGAUGAUAAUAACAGCAUUAAUAAUAAUAGAAGUAGAACUACAACCACAAAAGUUUAUUUUAAUGACGUUACUGCUAUUACUGCUACUCUUGUUAACACAUCAGCCUAUAUGUAUCCAGCUAUUAAUACUAACACGACAAUUACUACUACUACUGCUGCUGAUACUGCUGCUGAUACUGCUGCUGUUAGGUUUAGUUACAGUGAUUCCAGGCAGGGAAAGUUGAAUGAAAGUCUGAAAAUGGAGCUUGAAGCCUGCAGGAACAUGAUCUACCAGCAGACCAUCAAAAAGUCAAAAAUUUGGAACAUUCCUUCAGAUUAUAGCUCCUUUUGUAGCACCGAAAGUAAUAAUGACAUCAUCAACAAUGGUGAUGAUGAUACAAAUAAUGUUAAUGUCAGUAGUAAUGUUGAUAGCAUUCUUUACAGAAACAUAGCAGAAAAUAGUAACAACAACAGCAGUAAUUUUGACAAUGACAACAGCAGUAGAAUUGGUGUUAUCUCUGUUGAAAACGUCAAUGAUACUGUUACAAGCAAUAAGAACAAUGUCAUCAUCAACAAUAACGAUGGAAACAAGAACAAUGUCAUCAUCAACAAUAAUGAUGGAAACAACAACAACAAUGAUGUCAUCAACCAAAACAAAAAUGACAUCAUCAGCAACAACACUGGUCACAUGUCACUAAUGAAUAAGCACAGUAACGACCUCACAAAUUUAGAAUUUCUUUCGCAACUGGCUGAUGCUCGAAGACACCGACUCAACAGAUUGAACUAUUCACCGUGUCGCCAUUUUCUAGUCGAACAAACUGAUUUCAAUUUGUCAAAUAGUCCUAUAAAGAGAAGUAAUAUUAGUAUUAAGAACAGCAAUACAGAUGAGGAUAGUAGAGACGAAGAGUCGGUGAUAGGUACAGUGUGCUCAGGGAACCUGAUGGUGAUGACUAAGAUAUUGGAGGCAUUACCGAACAGGGCGGAUUGGGACAUCCACUACACUGAUGAGUAUGGUAACUCACUGUUAACUCGCUAUGUAACUCGCUAUGUUACUGGUGUGGUCAACGUAGAUCGGUUACCUGUCCUGCUCUCAUCACUUAUCGAUGGCACUACGAAACUUCUUAAAGUUCCAAAAUUUCGUGAAAAAUGGACAGAAAUGAAUCACACACCAGAAGCCAGAUCAACCCUUUUGAUAAUUGUUUCAGAUGCAAUUAAAGCAUUCAUCAAAUGUCAACUUGAGGUCAGACAUUCACGAGGUGACUAUUUAGAGUUUCUACUUCUUGCUGCACAAAUAGUUGGGCUGCAGUACAUCAGUCCAGAAUUGGCAACUCUUGCUCUUUUUCAUCUGGCCUGUCUGACAAAGAAAAGACUGAUCUUGUCCGCACUACCACAAAGUUUUGACAAUUUGCGUGCGUCUAAAACAUUUUUUGAAACAUCCAAUAUUGAUGCAAGUUUUCUUGAUGUACCUGUUGAAAACUGGUCAGAUACUCCUUCUUUCCAAGUUGCAGCAGUGUUUGUAAAGGAUCUGGUUUGCAUCAAUGACUCUGCAAAACGGGAAGUAGCGUUGGCACAACAUUUCAAUGAAACCAUCACCAAAGACUCAAAGCAGAAACAAUUUUUGCUCCAAGUAGUUGAACAGCAUAGGAAAAACUUUGCAGAAUAUAAUCGUGAACUGCUAGCUAAAAUUUGA